AGGUGUGGCUGGAUGGGAGAACUUGAUCACUCACCAUGGAGCUGUUCAGUAACCAAAGCUUCCUCCACCCCACCGUCCUUCUCACUGGCAUCCCAGGGCUGCAGGCCAGAAAUAUUGGGGUCUCCAUCCCUUUCUGCUUUGCCUAUGCGGUUGCUCUUUUGGGGAAUGGCGUUGUUCUCCUAGUGAUCGUGAAGGAUCAGAGCCUCCACAAGCCCAUGUACCUCUUCCUCUGUAUGCUGGCUGUGAGUGAGCUGGGGGUCUCCCUGUCUACCCUCCCCACAGUGUUGGGCGUCUUCCUGUUUGAUGCCAGGGAGAUUGGGCUGGAUGCGUGCCUCAGCCAGAUGUUCUUCAUCCACUCCUUCUCCAUCAUGGACUCUGGGGUCCUCUGGGCGAUGGCCCUGGAUCGCUUCAUAGCCAUUUACAACCCUCUGCAAUACACCACCAUCCUGACAAAACUUAGGAUCAUUUUGUUGGGAUCUGGGAUUGCCUUGAGGAGCAUUCUCCUGAUGACCCCACUGCCUCUACUCCUGAGGAGGUUGCCGUUUUGCAGGUCCAAUGUGCUUGCUCAUCCUUACUGUCUGCACCCCAAUUUAAUCCAGCUCCCCUGUGCAGACACAACCAUCAAUAACCAAACUGGUCUGUUUGUUGUGCUCUCCACAUUUGGCCUCGAUUCCUUGUGCAUCGUCUUGUCCUACGUGAUGAUCCUCAAGACCGUGCUGAGCAUGGCCUCCAAGGAAGGCCGUUUCAAGGCCCUGAACACCUGCGUCUCCCACAUCUGUGCUGUCGUGCUCUAUUACACCCCAAUGAUCGGUGUUUCCAUGGUGCACAGGUUUGGCAGGCAUAAUUCUCCAAUGCUGCACUCUCUGAUGGCCAACAUCUAUCUCCUGGUUCCUCCCAUUCUGAACCCCAUCAUCUACAGCAUCAAAACCAAAGAGAUCCGCAAGGCCUUUGGCAGGUUUUUGUCUCAACAGAGACUGAUCUGAAGUGUUAAAGUGUGUUGUGAUAUCCUCAAGAGCAUUUAUGGCUUCUCAAGCUCAGCAGAGUGAAGUUGAGUGACCAUUUUGUUUUCCCUCUUUUCCAAAGUUACUGGCGUUUUUUAAAGCACAUCCACACACAGAGUAGAUUCUUUACAAGCUUGUAUUUCUAUUCUUUACUUGUUGUGCACCACGUCAUUGUGAAAUGGUACUAGAAAGGAGUGUUCUGCAGAGGGUCUGUGCAUUGGAUCACAUGGCCUGACUCUGUGGAAGCAUCAGCUUCUGAGCAUCUACUGAGACCUGCGAGUGUAGGGUGGUAUAUAAAUUUAAUAAUAAUACUUCCCACAUAUCUUUGACAAUGCCCAAAAGACCUCUUAUGUUGCAGCCAUAAAGUCAUUAG